AUUUAAAACAAAAACUAAUUCAACCGUAGAUUUUUCAAUAAAAUCUCUCUCAUAUUCUGUAUCUAAACUUAGUAUUAGUAUGUCCAUAAAAAGAAAAAAAGAACAAUUUGUUUCAUCAGUUAAAAAUAAAUUAAAUAAGGUUUCGCCAAGUUUUAGUAAUGAUUUUAAGAAUUUAAUGGCUAAACAAAAAGAAAAAAGAUUAGAGGAUAAUUUUUUAGGUUAUUAUGAAUGUUUGAUUCCUAGUAAUAAGGAAUUAUCCAUACCAAAAAUUAUUUUAUCUACGGCUAGAAUCGAUUUACACGAAGAAAAAUCAGAAAAUCCUGAAAAAGCAAAACGGCUUGUUUUAACUAAAAUUAAAGAAUCACCAUUUAAUCCGUUUAAUAAUAAGAUUGUUUCAUUAUUUAUUAUUACUGGUAAAAGUAAAAAAAAUUUAUCUGGUACAGGAUGGACUGGAAUAAAAUUUAAUGAAUUUCCUGAAUGGAUGCGGGAUAAUACCAUUAAACAUUUAAUAAAUGGUACACUCAUGAAAGGACUUGGAACUUAUAAAGUAUUAAUCAAAAAAAGUGGAAAUAUGGAUAUAUAUAAAGAUAUUAAAUUAAAAGAAUUAGAAGAAAAUGUAAUAAGUGAAGAUGGUUUUAUUCAUAAAUUGACAUUAUUUGGAUAUUAUAUGUUAGGAAUUAAAGAGAAUUAUUCAAAUUCUACAGAUUUGGACCCAAAAUCUGAAGAAUGGUAUAAAGAAGCCGAAAAAUGGUGUCAAGAAGCUGAAAAAUUAGGAUCUAUAGAAGCAAAACUAUGUCUAGGGUAUUUGUAUUCUAUUGGUUAUAGUAAGUCAUUUUAUAAUCCACAAAAAGCUAAAAAAUUGUUUAAAGAAGUAAUAGAUGUAAUUGUAAAACAGGAAACAACAGAAAAAAAUGGGACUACAGGAAAGAAAGCAACAGAGGAAACGACUACAAUGAAAGAAAUGAUUAUAGGUAAAAUCAUAACAAAAGAAUCUACUACAAACAAAAAUGUAACAGAAGAAGCAACUGCAGACAAAAAAGUAACGAAUGAUUAUAAAGAAGCAACAGAUGAUUCAGGUGCAGACAAAGAAGCAACGGAGAAACUAUCUGUAAAUAAAGAAGCAAUAGAUAGUGAAGUAACAAGUAAAGAACUAGCCAGAAUAGCAAUGAGAAACAUGGCAAUAAUAUAUCAUAGUAGUUACGUUAUAAAACCUUUUGAAUGGAAAAAUUUUAUUAAAUUAUCCAGACCAAAUGAUUUUAAUAUUAAGAAAUUAUCUAGAAAAAAAUUAAACAUAGCAAUAAAAUGGUAUGAAAAAUCUUGCGAAUUAGGAGAUAGUCUAUCCGCAUACCAUCUUGGAUUACUGUAUGAAAGUGAUGAUGAAAUUAAAGAUGAAAAGGAAGCAGAAAAAUGGUUUAAGAAGGCCAUACAACUUGAUAAAAAUAAUCUAUAUGCAAAAGCCAAACUUGGAAGAAUCUUAAUUAAUAAAGAUGGUAUAGAUGAAAAUGAAAAAAUGAAAGGGAUUCGAAUGUUGAAAUAUGCAGCGGAAAAUGGAUUAGUUAUGGGUCAAACAUUUCUUGGUGAAGCUUAUGAAAGAGGACAAAUAGGAAGAAAGGAAGAAAAUAUUGAAGAGGCCAUUAAAUUCUAUUUUAAAGCUGCUGAACAAAACAAUGGAUAUUAUAGUCACGUUGCACAAUUUCGUCUCAGAGAAUUACGUGCUUUAGAUAUAAUUCCAGCAGGUGAAGAUAUCGAAAAUAUUUUAAAAUUAUAUGUGAAUGAAUUAAAGUAUUACUACAACAAUAAUGAAGAAACGCUUAAAAAUAUUCAUUAAAGAAAGCAACUUAUUUUUGUUACUUCGUUUCUUUGAGUUGAAAAUUCUUAUUAAUAUAUAGUUAAAUUUGUAAUAACUUAACAGUGUGAUAUUUGUAUUUUUACUGCUGAAUAUAUAAACCAU